CGUGACCUCGUUAUCGGGUGUGUCGAUAAGGAGUUUGUGGUCCACCUUCUCUGUCUCUCCGCCCCUAGCUCUCCUCCCAUCCCUCUCCUUUUUCUCAUCCUCGCUCAGGAUACCACGUUCUCAAAAGACUAGGCAUUAAUCAUUCAAGACUAAAAAUCAGAUCUAACACAGCCAAGUGGGCAGUCUCGCCGCUCCUUUAGCUCUCUGCCCACGGCCGGAAAGGAAAUCCGUUACUGUGGUUUUCACAACUCCUCCUCUGCCUUACCUUCUUGAAGACGAGCAAAUCUUUUCCCUGCCCAAAUCGGAGGGAAGGUCGUAAGGCGUUCUUGUCCUCUCCUACCAAGAAAGAACGAAUAAUUACUGACACUGCUACACACAAAAGUCACAGAAAUGGCUACCACGGAAGAAGCGUCAACAAGCGAUGGUGUCGAGAUUAUCGCUACUUCUGCUCCUUCGGUUGAAGUGGCUAGCACGUUUGGAUUGGAAGAGAGCAUGGAGACAACUGAAACCAUUGAAUCCAGCAGCGCUAGCAAUACUACUACUCAAGCCACUCCCACUACUCAAGUCAUACCAUUGACCAUAAAUGGUAAUAUUGUUCCAUUUGCUUUACAGUUUACUCCUGAUAAGGAGCAGGAUGGAUCUGCUGCUCCUGAAGUCGCCGUUGAGGAUAAUACGGUUGUCAUACCUUCAAAUACUCCUCAGAUGUCGGAGGAGGUUGUCAUAGCCACUCAAGCAGAGGGAGGAGAUACCGGUGGUGAACGAAACGCGAUACAGAUCCAGCUUGGUGGGAGUGGUCAGGGGUUUUCUAUCCCGGCUUCUGUGUCUAACGGGAUACCUAUCAUUAAUCUUGCUGGAUUGGCCUCUAAUCUUCCGAUAGCUCUGCUUGCUCAACAGCUUCAAGGCUCUGGAGAUGAAGGGGAAGAGCAGCCUGUUGAAAAUCAGGAAGCCAGUGAAGAGUCGAAAGAUAAUAGUGGCAGUGUCACUCAAAUACCUCUUGCCAGUCUUCAGAAUUUACAGAAUCUUCUUAACUUGGGCCAGGCGUCAAUCAGCAUUCGUCCGUCCAGUGCUCCUAACACUCCAGGGAGCCCAGGGGCUGUUCCUGUUCUUAAUGUUAAUGGCCAGCAGUUCCCAUUGUUUUAUACUCCUCCUGCAACUCGUCAGCAAACCAAGCGCUCAAAUUGCACCUGCCCCAACUGCGUUGAGAUACAGAAGACCGGUGAGAGGCCUAAACGUCGCACUCACGUCUGCCAUUACUCCAACUGUGGGAAGGUUUAUGGGAAGACUUCGCAUCUUAAGGCACACCUUCGCACUCACACUGGAGAGAAGCCAUACGUUUGCACUUGGCCUCUUUGUGACAGGAAGUUUACUCGUUCUGAUGAGCUUCACCGCCAUUUGAAGACGCAUACCGGAGAAAAGAAUUUCCAGUGCAAAUAUUGCGAAAAGAAGUUCAUGCGUAGCGAUCACUUAGCAAAGCACACCAAGAUUCAUUUUAAGAAUUCCCCUCAGAAGCUAAGCACUGAUCCAGCAACUGUGGCUGUUACUAUAUCUGCUCUACAAGAUCAACAACCGUCUACAGUUGAACAACCCAUUCAACCAAUGUCCCAUCUUCACAGUCUCUCGCCCAGUGUUACCAUUAAUAGCGAGCUUAAUACCGUCGUUCAGAAUGUUGCCUCUUCUAUUGCUGAGGGAAUAUCUCAUGCUGAGCUCACUGCUGCCAGUGAGACUCUUGCUCAGCUAGCUCAAGGAGCUGUUAAUGUUGCAGCUGAGCUUACCGUAACACAGACCUAUCAGUCCGAUGCUGCUGUUCAGGAAACCCUUGCUGCUACCAACGGGCAAGAGAUUGUCGUUCCACAACAGUUUCUGGAGACUACAACAGAUCCUACAGCUCCAACUGUUACGCAGACCUAUCAGUCUGAUGCUGCUGUCCAGGAAACUUUGGCAGCUGCUAAUGAGCAAGAAAUUGUUGUGGCACAGCAAUUUCUUGAGGCCCCCUCUGAGGGCCCCCCUGAUCCUCAACAUCAGGAGACUCAAGAGCAAGUCGUGGCUCAGCCCACAACUGCCGAAGAUGUUCAAGGAUUGCUCUCUGAACUAUCUCAGCAGAGUGAAGUCCCUGGCGCCUUGAUACAGAAUACCGAAGUAGUUCAGUGAGACUUCACAAACGAUUAUUGCACAAACAUUACUUCUCUCUCCUUUGAAAGUACAUUAAAGCAUACACUGUGCCAGAUAAAAUUUCCUUUAUUUUAGAAGUAGAAAUCAAUACAGUACAUGGUACUACAUUAUUAUUGUUGUUGUUAAAAUACUGUUAUUUCUUGUCACUUUCUUAGUUUCAUUCAGCAUCAUUUUUUUCUCAGGUUUUUUCCUUUUGUUCCUUUUAGAUAUCUUUGUUGACUAAAACUGCUACUGUACUUUAAAUAUAAUGUAUUGUAAAUUCUAUAUCAAAAGUAUUGUUUUUGUUAACAUACUUUUAAAGAUACAGAUUAAAAAUUAUUUUUAAA